AUGUCUUCCUCUGACCCCUUGGAAUCCGAACCCUCUGUCGCGGAGCGCGAACGUCAGGAUCGAGAGCACAGAGAAAAGGAAGCUGCAGAACAAGCCAAGCUACCCUAUAAAUGGACGCAGACCAUUGGCGACGCGGAUGUGACCAUUGUAGUCCCGGCAGAGGUCAGGGGGCGUGAUUUAGAUGUUGUCCUGACAAAAACAAAGAUCAGGGUUGGACUGAAGGGAAAGGAGCCCAUCAUUGAUGGUGAUUUUCCUCACCCAAUUCAUGUUGACGAAUCCACCUGGACGCUUGAGCCCACUUCAAACCCUCCCGGAAAGGAGGUAUCCAUUCAUCUCGACAAAGUCAAUAAAAUGGAAUGGUGGUCACACAUCAUCACCUCCGCUCCCAAGAUAGAUGUCACCAAAAUCCAACCAGAAAAUUCCAAACUGAGCGAUCUAGAUGGUGAGACAAGAAGCAUGGUUGAGAAAAUGAUGUACGACCAGAGACAGAAGGAGAUGGGAAAGCCAACUAGCGAUGAAGAAAAGAAGAUGGAAAUGCUAAGAAAGUUCCAGGAACAGCAUCCAGAAAUGGAUUUCUCGAAUGCGAAAAUUGGAUAA